AUGCCUAGAGUCGAUUCCAAUACUUUUGUUAGAUUACAAAAUGAUCCUUCGAGUGUUAGAAACAUCUGUAUUAUGGCCCAUGUGGAUCAUGGUAAGACUUCGUUAUCAGAUUCCUUAUUGGCCUCUAAUGGUAUAAUUUCCCAAAGAAUGGCCGGUAAGAUUCGUUACUUAGAUGCAAGACAAGAUGAACAAAUCCGUGGUAUUACCAUGGAAUCAUCAGCAGUUUCUCUGUAUUUCAGAGUGCUCCGUAAGCAGGAAGGGUCCAGUGAUCCCUUAGUUAAUGAACAUUUAAUCAAUUUAAUCGAUUCCCCUGGCCAUAUCGAUUUUUCUAGUGAAGUUAGUGCAGCUUCUAGGCUAUGUGAUGGUGCAGUAGUAUUAGUUGAUGUCGUUGAAGGGGUAUGUUCACAAACGGUGACGGUUUUAAGACAAUGUUGGACAGAGAAAUUAAAACCUAUUCUGGUGCUCAAUAAAAUUGAUAGAUUGAUAGUAGAACUACAAUUUACCCCACAGGAGGCCUAUGUGCAUUUAUCAAAAUUGAUAGAACAAGUUAAUUCUGUGAUAGGUUCUUUCUUUGCGGGUGAAAGACAAUUGGAUGAUUAUUCGUACAGAGAACAAUUAGAACAAAAUUCAGAUGCUCAAUAUGUGGAGAAGGAUGAUUCGGAUAUUUAUUUCGAUCCAGCUAACAACAACAUUAUUUUUGCAUCUGCCACUGACGGUUGGGGAUUUAGCAUCAGUCAAAUGGCUAAAUUUUAUGAACAAAAAUUGGGAGCUAAGAGAGAUAAUUUACAAAAAGUGCUUUGGGGGGAUUUCUACAUGGAUCCAAAGACUAAAAAAAUCACCAAUAACAAAGGGUUAAAAGGUAGAUCUUUAAAGCCACUUUUCGUCUCAUUAAUCCUCGAUAACAUCUGGAAAAUCUAUGAAAAUGUAACAGUUUCCAAAAACUUGGAAGUCAUCGAAAAGAUUACAAAAACUCUCGGUAUCAAUGUUCUGCCUCGUGAUCUUUCAUCUAAGGAUGACAAGCAACUUUUGAGGAAAAUUAUGAGUCAAUGGUUGCCUGUCAGUACCGCUAUCCUGUUAACCGUUAUUGAGAAGCUACCAUCACCUUUACAAUCUCAAGCUGAUAGGUUAGAUACAAUUCUACCCAACACGCAGGAUACCAAAAAGGUCGAUCCUCGCUUGUUAAGCGCCAUGGAACAAUGUGACAGAAAUGGACCCGCUAGUGCAUACGUCUCCAAAAUAUUAUCUAUUCCUAGGGAUGAACUUCCGAUUCAAAGUGCAGGAGAUCCAGUACAGGAUGAAAUUGCUAGAAGAACUAAAGAGGCAAGGGAAGCAGCUAUGAAGGUUGCUAGGCAAGCUGAAUUAGAGGCUAAACUCUCAAAGGUCAAUGUUAAUGGCGAUGAUGGUAAGAAAGAAGAAGAGGAACUUUACCAAAGAGCAAAGGAUACUGUUAUAACUCCAGAGAUCAAUUUCUCUGGAGAAAAGAAGUCUGAAGUUAAAGCUCCUUUGGAAGCAGAAUUUGAAUAUGAGGAAGACGAUGCUGAUUUCCAAAAUGACCACUCCUUAGCUGCAGAAUUCACUCCAAGUGUGGAUCCUAACGAUCCACUUGCAUCUAUGUUUGAAUAUGAAGAGGAGGAUCCAUUUGCCACGAAUGAACCAAAUGCUGCUAACGGACAGGAAGUGACAGAAGACCCAAUAGAAGAUAUUUUUGAUGAAAGAGACGAAGUUUUGAUUGCGUUUGCUAGAAUUUAUAGCGGUACUUUGAGAGUGGGUCAAGAAAUUGCAAUCCUGGGUCCCAAAUAUGAUCCUUCAAACCCUGACGAACAUAUUCAAACUGUCACUAUAACGAGCUUGUACCUAUUCAUGGGUAAAGAACUAAUUCCGUUGGAAUCCUGUCCUUCAGGUAAUAUUGUGGGGAUUGGCGGUUUAGCUGGUAAGAUCCUAAAGAAUGGUACUUUAAUUGAAAAGGGAGUUCGUGGUAUCAACUUGGCAGGUGUGAACUUUCAAACUUUCCCUAUUGUCCGUGUUGCGGUGGAACCUCAAAACCCCAUGGAGAUGAAUAAACUUGUACGUGGGUUGAAACUGUUAGAACAAGCAGACCCUUGCGUACAAACCUAUGUGGAAGAUAACGGUGAGCAAAUCUUAUGUACUGCAGGAGAAUUGCAUUUGGAAAGAUGUCUCAAAGAUCUACGUGAAAGAUUUUCAGGAAUUGAAUUGACGAGUUCAGAACCUGUAAUUCCCUACAGAGAGACCUUUUUGAAUACUUCGGAGAUGAAUCCUCCCAAAGAUGCUCAAUUGGGAAGAGGUGUGGAACAAUUGCUUCAGGGCCCUUAUAAAUUGAAAUUGAAGACCUUGCCGCUAUUGGAAAGUACGACAAAAUUCCUGGCAGACCAUCAGUCCAUCAUUCAAAAUUUCCACAAUAUUCAACUUUCAGACCAAGAAUCUUUCUUCAAUAAAUUGAAAGAUGUUACUAAAGAAGAUAAGUCUUUAGCAGAGGUUCUUGGUGAUAAUGUAACUAAGAUUGCGUCAUUUGGUCCGAAGAGGGUUGGCCCCAAUAUCAUUAUCUCUGAGAAGGAAUUGUUAGGUAAUUUUGCCAAUUCAUCUUCUCCUAAAUUUGAAUUUGCAGACUCUGUUAUCAACGGUUUCCAACUCGCAGUCAAUGAAGGUCCAUUAGCAAGAGAACCUGUUCAAGGUAUGUGCGUUGUAGUAGAAGAUAUUGUAGAGAUGAGCCCUGAGGAGAUAAACUCUAUUGAAGAUCCACAAUACCAGAAAGAUAAAGUGAAUAUUUCAGGUCGACUCAUCACUUCUGUAAGGGACGUAAUCCAUGCUGGUUUCCUCGAUUGGUCUCCCCGUAUGAUGUGGGCGGUAUACACAUGUGAUGUACAAACAUCAGUGGAAGUUCUCGGUAAAGUUUACAGUGUGGUUCAGCAAAGACGUGGUAGAAUUGAAUCUGAAGAAAUGAAGGAAGGUACACCAUUUUUUCAAAUUCAAGCCAUUUUACCAGUGGUUGAAGCCUUUGGAUUCAGUGAAGAUAUUCGUAAAAAGACUUCAGGUGCUGCACAACCUCAACUAGCAUUUGCAGGCUUUGAAUGUAUCGAUCUAGAUCCAUUCUGGGUGCCCACGACAGAAGAAGAACUGGAAGAGCUUGGUGAUACCGCUGAUAAGGAAAAUAUUGCACGCAGACACAUGAACAAUGUAAGAAGACGUAAGGGUUUAUUUGUGGAUGAGAAAGUGAUUCAAAAUGCGGAGAAACAACGUACUUUGAAGAAGAAUUAG